AUAAAAUCCCUUGUAUCUUAGUGAAAUAUGAAAAUUGCAUUUUUAAAAGACGAGUAAUGCUCCUGCCUACACGAAAAGUCCAACCUGGUAAUGCUCAAUUUUUAGGAAACUCAGGUAAGUAAAUCCUAAAUCAUGUACUCAUCCUUUGGUGAUUUCUCCUCUUACUUGCGAAUGGGUCAGGGAUUGGGUUUUUUCUUCUUGAUCUUGUCAUGUGUCUGUUUGGGAGGGCCUUGCUUUUGUAGUGCACACACAGACAGCAUCAAACCUGGGGAAGGGCUUCAAUUCUCGAAGCUACUGGUUUCGUCACAAGGGACUUUCACACUGGGGUUCUUUAUCUUGGACACCCGCAGUUAUUUAGGAAUCUGGUACACAAGUGAUGUUAACAACAAGAAAGUUUGGGUUGCUAACAGAGACAACCCUAUAUCUGGCACCAAUGCAAAUCUCAUGCUGGAUGGCAAUGGAACAUUGAUGAUCAUUCACAGUGGAGGUGAUCCAAUUGUCUUGAAUUCCAAUCAAGCAUCCAGAAACUCCAUAGCUACCUUGCUUGAUUCUGGAAAUUUUGUUGUGUCAGCGUUAAAUUCAGAUGGAUCUGUGAAGCAGACACUAUGGGAAAGUUUCGAUGAUCCUACAGACACGCUCCUGCCUGGGAUGAAACUAGGCAUCAACUUGAAAACCGGGCAAAACUGGUCACUUGCUUCGUGGAUAAACGAACAAGUCCCUGAUCCUGGGACUUUCACUCUAGAAUGGAAUGGCACACAAUUGGUAAUGAAACGCCGAGGGGACAUCUACUGGAGCAGUGGAAUUCCGAAAGAUCGGAGUUUUGAGUUCAUUCAAACUCACCAUAACAUCUACUAUUUCAUCAGUGUUUGUAAUGACAACGAGAUCUACUUCAGCUAUUCAGUUCAAGACGGAGCUAUUUCAAAGUGGGUGUUGAACUCGAGAGGGGGAUUUUUUGACACUCACGGAACUCUAUUCGUGAAGGAAGAUAUGUGUGAUCGUUAUGACAAAUAUCCAGGGUGUGCAGUGCAAGAGCCACCCACUUGCAGGACUAGAGACUUCCAAUUCAUGAAGCAAUCGGUUCUCAAUUCAGGAUAUCCAUCAUUAAUGAACAUAGAUACGAGCUUGGGCCUUAGUGAUUGUCAGGCUAUAUGCAGGAACAAUUGUUCUUGUACUGCUUGUAAUACUGUAUUCACCAAUGGAACUGGAUGUCAGUUUUGGAGGGAUAAAUUGCCACGAGCCCAAGUGGGUGAUGCAAAUCAGGAGGAGCUCUACGUUUUGUCCUCAUCAAAAGAUACAGGGAACCUUUGGCGGAAUCUGAGCAUUAUCUGUGGAGUGGUAGGUCUGGUUAUAAUACUUAUCUUCUCUUGUUCACCGAGAAAAUUCGGAGGGAGAGUAAGGAGAGAAGUUCAGUCACAUGAAGCUGGGGCUUCUGGUAUAGCAGGGGAUAGAGAAGGGAAGAAAGUCAAGCUACCUGAAGUUAGGGCUACUGGUUCAACAGGGGAUAGAAAAGAGAAGAAAGUUAAGUUCCUUGAACCUCCGGCUUCUGGUAUAACAGGGGAUAGAGGAGGGAAGAAAGUCAAGCCACUUGAAGUUGGGGCUUCUGGUACAACAGGGGAUAGAGAAGGGAAGAAAGGUCAGCCACGUGAUGGUGAGGUUUCUGGUGGUAAAACAGCGGAUACAAAAAAGAAGAAAGUUACGUUCCUGUUGCGUACAGACGAGUGACGAGAGGCCUGAAAUCUCAGAUGUUUGCUCCAUGCUUAACAGCAAAACUGGGGACCUACCCAACCCAAAUCCACGCCCAUUUGGCACUUAAGGCGAGCCAGGGAGUUGUUCUGCUCUGCUACUUGAGAGAUGGAAGGCGGGUCAAGAUGAGAUGAGAAUUUGAUUCCCUCGUGGUAAGCUUUUCUUUAUUUACGUUUUGUUAAUUUAUAAUAAGAUGACAACUGAACUGAAGCUAGUUUUGUGAUCAUUUGGAACAUAUUUGUACGCAUGUAUUCUGGAGCUCUAUUUGCCCUUUUGCUCUCCAAAACAUCUUAUGAUAUACGUCUAUCUAUAUCCAUCUCAGCCAAAGUAGGCCAUAUA